UCUUCCAGCAGUACAGUGUUGCAUGCGAAAUAUUUAUAUAUCAAACGGCAGUUUUCUAAACCCACACGUAGAUCAUCCACCAUUUAAACAACUUGCUUGCAGAAUUAUCUCUUGUCAACCGGUGCCUUCAGGAAAUCAAGACAUAAGCUCUUGGAGGAUUGUUAACGUCUGGUCUGCCAGUUCGAAUUUGUAUAUUAAAAUGUCAUAAAGGAUUAAAGGACAUAGAAAGCUCAUAGAAUAAAACAAAAUAUUUUUUAGUGUUCUUAUAAAGCUAGUAUUCAUCAAAAUAUAUAAUGUAUACAACGAUUCCAAAGGACUGGAGGAAUGACUUUGGGCAAAACGUGACAAUUCAGCAUUUGAACGAUGUUCUCGUACAGUUGCACAUACCAACUAUUGUUUUCAUAGCGAUCCUGAUGGUAGUAGGGGUAUUCGGAAAUAUGUUAGUUCUCUAUAUAUACACGACAAAGUAUCAUCCAUCGACGUACAGAAGUUUUAUUUUGUGGCUAGGAUGGAUAGACCUUAUAGCCUGCAGUGUUGGCAUGCCUCUGUUGAUUGUCAGUAUGUUAUAUCCUUACAUGUUUCCCUCGGAGGAGGCGUGCAAGACCUUACGUUUUCUGCACGUAUUUUUCGUGGUCAGUUCCGCUUUCAUUGUGAUUGCUAUAGCUAUAGAGAGACAUCGGAGGAUUUGUAAUCCAUUUUCAUCAGAAAUGACAACAAAUAAAAUAAAACUGAUGUGCUUGGUGGCAUCCAUCCUGGGCUGUCUGGUCGCCAUUCCAGCGAUAUUCGUCUACGGCGACGCCGUCGUAGACACUGGUGUGUAUAAUAUUACAGGAACAGAGUGCUUUAUUGACCCUGAGAUUGAAAAUUCUUAUUUGCCAAAAGGAUAUUUUAUUUUUCAACUGUUGCUAAGCGUUAUUUCAAUGUUAGUCAUAAGUAUAUUAUAUUUUCGGAUCGGGACUCGGAUCUGGUACCAUCACAAGUUCAUCAGAGAAAACACGUACAACAGAAAGGGCUCGUUAGAUGAUUAUAAAGGAAGAACAAAAGAGAAGAUAUGCGUAUUGAAUAACAGAAAUGAUGUCGUAAACGGACGGGAUUAUCAGAUGUCGCCUCACCACGACAGACAAAACUUAAGAGAAACAACGCCUAGGAAGGAGUCCCUGGAAGGUCUAGAAAUAAAGAAAGACCCAUAUGCAGAGUUGUUGAAAAAUGUGGUGACUAGCAAACAGAUAUAUCGUUCGAAUUCUCCCGCGCCCCGAGAUUUCUCGAGAGAGUCGACGCCGAGACUUGAGCGUAUGAAUAGACAGAAAAACCGAAUCGGGUGCAACAAGAGUGAAAAAAGUGCGAAUAAAGGACCAAGCCUUCGAACGAAGCAAGUCACUUUCAUGUUAUUUAUAAUUACCGUGGUGUUCAUUUUAUCUUUUAUACCACAUUUAGUAUUGAUGGUGAUUAAUUCAAUGAACCCAUUCUUUGUGAAAGACAUGUCGCCGACUGGGAUUGCCUUCUAUAAUAUAUUUUUGCGUUCAUUUGUGAUAAACAAUAUGGCGAACCCUAUAAUAUAUGGAUUCUGUGAUAAGAAGUUCCGUUCAGAAUGUGCCGAAUUUGGAUGGACCAUAUUGACAAAUGGAAGACGUUGAAUACUUACAGAUUCUUACAGGUCUUGUGUAUGCGUUGUUUUCUUAAUGAAGUCAGAACACAAACAGAAAAAUUAUUCCUGUCAGGAAUUAGAUAAUGUACCAGAUUGAAGUUCAAACCACGUUGUUUUUUUUUCAAAUAAACUUACAAAUGAUCUUGUCUUGUUUCAAGACCGUAAGCCUAAAUGCCGCUAUAAUCCAUAUUGACGAUGCUAUCUGCUGACGUUAUACAUUUUAAUUAUUUUCUGAGAGAAUAUGUUUUACUAUUACUUUUAUCUUAAGAUUUAUAAAGAUUAUUUAUGUUUGACUUUGAUUUAGACCGCGUCUUUCUAAACGUUUUCGCAGAUCUCACUUGAUUUAGAUUAUGUUUAACUUUCAAUAACUUGUAUCGAAUAACAUAGUAUAACCUCUAGUACAUAAACCACUGCAAACAUAUUUAGUUAAAAUAAAGAAGUAUAAAUACAUAUAUUUUUAUAGCUCUUUGGUUAAAAGGGGUAUGUGAUAUGUUAGUUGGCUGUUUUGAUGAUCAAGUCAAAGACAAGUGUCCUGACAAGCUUAAAAACAUUUUGUCUGCUGGUAUGUUAAGACAACAAAAUAAUUUUACAGUGAUGUUUUGUAGGUACUCGGGUCGUAUUCAUGCCAAAACAAUAACUGUCAAAAAUUGACCGAUUUUUUAAAUACUUGUCAUGUGAUUAUUGUUGAUCUUUAUGGUUAGAGGAAAAUUAUAUCUUUAAUUUCAUGUUUAGAAUGGGUAGCCGACAAAGUACCCACCUGGAAUGAUGGAUGGAACAAUUAAUUUCCAGUCUAUCCCAUCAGCAUCAAGUCUAGACUAAACCAGUUUAAAUGAAUUACUCAUGUGUGUACACAAGCUUUGAUAUCAGCCACGAUCUGGGAUCGACUCGGAUUUCAAGCGUGGUAGUGCAACCUGUUGACCACUGCAUUUAUGACUCCCUAUUUACAGCAAAUUAUAUUGGUGAAAUAGAAAUUUUCUCAAAACCAUGUUACAGAAUAAGUCAGUUACAUGACACACAUGAUUGACAUUGACAUGAUUAAUCCUUAAGGUCAAGGACUCGUAAUGACAUUCGAUUACGCAUGGUGGCAUAUUUCUGCUAGGAAAUAGCUAGUUAGCUAUCACGAUAAUAUAGUCAACUUUCCAAGAAAUUUGUGCAUUUUUCUGAAAACAUUUCGGCAAAACAUAACAUUUUCUGGAUAUUUUUUUAUGUCCUGAAACUAUUUUAGCGCAAAAUUUCCCUUUAGUGCUAGAAGCUGCCACGAGAUACUUGGUAGGUUUUACGAUAAUAUUCUAAACUUCCCAGAAAAGUUAUGCAUUUUUCUGAAACGUUAUAGCAAUAAAUUAUUGUUUUCAAGAUAUGCUUUUUCAUUUCCAGGAAAUUUUAGGCUAUUGAGAUAAAGUUUCCAGAAAAGUUAGAAAUAUCGGGGUUAUUGCUGAAAGUACCGAGAUACCUGUCUUGCUAACAAAUGGCAACUGUGGGCACUUUCGCAAAAGAAUUUCGAGGUACUAAGGUAAAUUAUCGCAAUAAUAUUUCAAGGUUGAGAUAAUCUUUUCAGAAAACUUUGCUUCAAGAAGAUAUCUUUUUUAAGUAUCGCGAUAGUUACCUAUCUAUCUCGUGGAAGAAAUAUACCAACAUAAUUACGUAUUCUCCCGAUGCUAUUUUUGGUAUUCUCCGGUUGCUAAUGUAGUUCAUACGAGUAACUAACCGAAGAAUGCCGAACUAUUUCACGGAGUAUACGUAAUAUCACGGAAAUUCCCGAUAGUCAUUACGGAUCCAGUACAUAAAUUGCUUUGCAAUGAUUACAUAUACGUAAUACCUGUUUUAUUUGUCAAUGUCAGAUCAUACAUUUUAUAUAUAAAUAUAUGAUUCUUUGUAAUUGAAGACAUGUAAUUGUUUCACCUUAACUGUGAACGACAAACUUAAACUGUCUUUGCAAAGUAUAUGUAUGGUAAAAAACGUGACAGUGUCUCAGUGCUCUUUAGAUACACGAUAGAAUGUUUUAGGAGACACAUAAAAAGUUAUGUCCAAAAAACUUCUUUACCGGAUAUAAAUGUAGAUGUGUUGUCAUUCUAUGUUUAAAAACGCAGCGUGCAAGCUAUGUCAGUAACUGUGUUGUUUUAUAUUCAUACUAGUUUUUUUUUUGUUUUGUUUUUUAUACGGCUGAAACAUUUUUGUAAAUCUACCAUGUUAUAUCUACAUUGUUCACUCCAUGUGAUGUAUUCAAGUUGAAAUGGCAAUAAUUUAUUUUGACAAAAAAUAGUACCAUUAAAAUGCUUUUAAUUGUUUUCUGUCGAGUUUUUGUUAUUGCAUUCAGAUUCUGAAAUAUAAACAGUGACUUUAAUACACGCAGCUGUAUCAGAAAUGAUGAUGUGUCAAAACAAGAUUUACACUGUAAUGUUGGGAUUUCUUACAUUGGUACGAAUAAAACUGCUUACUAAUCUACAAAAAUUGCUUCAAAUAGCACCACAAGUUUAUCAAAAAUAAAUAAACUGAAUAUACUCGGACGUUCAUGUAUGAUGAGCCAAGUUGGUAAUGUAUGACAAUCCAAGUUUAGAUUCAUACAAAUAAGAUUUUUAAAAGUUUAGAAAUAAAUAAUACUCACCGCAGAAACGCUCAUCACUCCCGUCCUGGCAGUCAGCUUCACCGUCACAAACAAAGCUGUCAGGGAUGCAUAUUUUGUCUUCAGUACAUUGAUACAUGUCAGCGUCGCAGUCUGAAUUUUUAAAAAAAUAUUUUCGUCAUCUUAUUUUUGGUGACUUUAUAUCAGCUAUAACAUAUCCUCUCGUCCGUAUUUUACUUUUUUUCUGGCUCAUACAUUCACAUUGAAGUUCUUAUAAUAUUUGUUAUCAAUACAUAUUAAAUAUAACCUUCUUUAUCUAAAAUUGUAUUAUGUAAAUCAUGUUUAACAAUGUACCUGUAGUGUACUCGUUAAUAAACUUUCUGUUCUGUUC